UUAAAAUGAAAUCAUUUCCUUCUUCAGGACUCUAGUGUUUGUCAGCAAAGAGUUGAAAGUCCAGUUGUGGAAGGGAGCUAACAAAUAAGUGCUAAAUACGGUGUACGGAGUGCGUCAAUAGCCGUGCUUCAGGGAAGCGGAUGAGGAGGCGGUUAAUCGGGGGAGAUGCGGUGGAAGGCUCCGGAGAGGAAGAGGCCGUGAGCCGGGGCCUUGAGAUUGAGUGGGGUUUAUAAGGCAAGGCAGACAGGAGUCGUUCAGAGCAAACGCACAGAGGGGCGAAAGCGUUCGGGUACCUUUGCAUAGGUGGCUGUGACUGGAGCAGUGGUUCUUAACCUUCUUGGCACACCAUUUCUUUUAAAAACGUGAUAAAAGCUGUGGCUGAGCCUCCCCGGAAAAUGCUGUUCACAGUAAUGGAAACUGAAAGUGGAAAUCAGGAAAAGGCAAUCGAAGAGGAAAGCACUGAAAAGAAAAAAGAUGUAGAAAAAAAGAAACGGUCUCGAGUUAAACAGGUGCUUGCAGAUAUUGCUAAGCAAGUGGACUUCUGGUUUGGAGAUGCAAAUCUUCACAAGGAUAGAUUUCUUCGAGAGCAGAUAGAAAAAUCUAGAGAUGGAUAUGUUGAUAUAUCACUUCUUGUGUCUUUCAACAAAAUGAAAAAAUUGACCACUGAUGGCAAGUUAAUAGCCAGAGCACUGAAAAGUUCAGCUGUUGUAGAGCUGGAUUUAGAAGGCACCAGAAUCAGGAGGAAAAAACCUCUGGGUGAAAGACCAAAAGAUGAGGAUGAGCGGACAGUGUAUGUGGAGUUGCUUCCCAAAAAUGUUAAUCACAGCUGGAUUGAAAGAGUAUUUGGGAAAUGUGGCAAUGUUGUUUAUAUAAGUAUACCACAUUACAAGUCUACUGGAGAUCCAAAGGGAUUUGCCUUUGUGGAAUUUGAAACAAAGGAACAAGCAGCAAAAGCUAUUGAGUUUCUUAACAACCCACCAGAAGAAGCACCAAGAAAACCUGGUAUAUUUCCUAAGACAGUGAAAAAUAAGCCCAUUCCUGCCCUUCGAGUAUCAGAAGAAAAGAAAAAGAAAAAGAAGAAGAAAGGCCGAGUGAAGAAGGAAGACAACAUCCAGACCAAGGAAUCAAAUAUGGACACAAGCAAGGAGGCCGUGUGUAAAAUAAAAAGAUCCAGGACCACAUCUGAGGGCUCCGAAGUAGAGAUUACUGAACCCCAAAAGCCACCCUCAAAGAAAAAGAAAAAACGGGAAAAAGCUGAAGCAUCCAACUUACCUUCAGUCAGAACAGGGAAGAGGAAGAGAAGUAGCUCUGAAGAUGCAGAGUGCAUAGCUCCCAGAUCAAAAGUCAAGAAAAUGGCUCAGAAAGACAUUAAAAAAGAAGCCUCAGAAGUUUCCAAAGACAAAGAUUUAGAAGUCUCUACUGAAGAGGAAAAGGAUACCGGAGAUAUAAAAGAUGGAUCCCUCUUAAAAGCAAAAAGGAAGCAUAAGAAAAAACAUAAAGAAAGGCAUAAAAUGGGAGAAGAAGUUAUACCAUUAAGAGUACUAUCAAAGAACGAGUGGAUGGAUUUGAAAAAAGAGUAUUUAGCAUUGCAAAAAGCCAGCAUGGCGUCUUUGAAAAAAACAAUAUCCCAAACAAAACUGGAGUCAGAAAUGGAAACAGACCACGGAGAACCUGAUAAGUCUGGAAUGAAAACUGGAGAAACAAACAGUGAAGAGCCUUGUCCUCAGGAGAAGGUUCCUGCAGCGGGACCACAGUUUGUGAGCGGCGUGAUUGUGAAGAUCGUUAGCACGGAGCCUCUACCUGGCAGGAAACAAGUCAGGGAUACUUUGGCCACAGUCUCAGAAGUUGUUUAUGUUGAUUUGCUAGAAGGAGAUACAGAAUGCCAUGCUAGGUUUAAAACUCCUGAGGAUGCUCAAGCAGUGAUCAAGACAUAUGCAGAAAUUAAAAAGAAACACUGCUGGAAGCUCGAGAUCCUUUCUGGUGACCAUGAACAGAGGUAUUGGCAGAAGAUUUUGGUAGAUAGGCAGGCCAAACUUAAUCAGCCUCGUGAAAAGAAAAGAGGCACUGAGAAGUUAAUCACCAAAGCUGAAAAGAUCAGACUCGCAAAGACUCAACAAGCAAGUAAACACAUUAGAUUUUCUGAAUAUGAAUGAAAAAAAAUUUUGGUUCAUCUCUUAAGAUGUCACUGGAUACUUGAGCUGUUCUUAGGAAAUCCAUUUUUAUUAUGGUAGUAAUGCAUAAUGAAUGUUUUUCUAAAACCUACAUUUAAUUAAAAGAAAUACCUUUUUUCCUUAGUUUGUAAAUAAGACUUGUUUCUAGAAUCAAGUAUAUUGUAUACUUGAUUCUAGUUUUUCAUUAAACAUUUUAUUUGUUGAUAUUAUCUUAUAUAAAUCAACCUCAAAGUGAUUUAGCAAAUAAAUGUGUUUUGAACAUCAUCGUUAAUUUUGUUGUUUUUAUAUUAGAAAAACAAUAACAUAUUUGCAAAAACAAUACAUAAAUAUAUAGUUUAGAAAAAAUGUUUAACAGUGGACUCUCACUGUACUUAUUAUUCUGUAGCUUGCUUUUUCCAUUUCAGAUAUCUUGGGAAUCUUUUCAUGUUGAUUUAUGCAGAGACGUAUGUGUGAUACUUCAUUCUGUUUAUUGCACUUUGCCUCUCUCAGCUUCCCUUGAGAAGACCAUGUGAACUGUUUCCAAUUAAAAUGUCAAAUUUUAAAAGUA